AUGCAACUUCAUCUACCGAUCAAAUGGCACAGCACUUCAAUCAAAACUAAAAAUUCAACUAAAUACAUAUAUGGUUUCUGGUCAGAUCCUAAGCAAUGCCAAUGUAGCCUAUUUUUGACCAAUUUUGAGACUGUUUGGGCAUAUGAACUGGACAAACAGACUCUCACUCAAAAAGCCAAAGAUUUAGGCGUAGAUGAAUUAAGCCCUUCGACAUUGUCAGAGCUUUUGCAAUCGAUGGAAAAUAAUGUUGUUGCAGAGCGUCUUUCAUUCACAUACAAUGAGGCACUGGAUGUGUUUAUUGCAAGUAUGGAGAUUGAAUUGCACUGGAAAUUUGAGUUGAAAAAGUUAAACUUGCAAAACACCAUCAGUUUCUUUACCAAACUCAACUAUCAACAUUCAAACAAUAGCGACUUUUUAAUGUUUCAAGUAAAACAGCUCAAGACAUUGAUAGAAGCUAAAGACUCAUACAAUCGAUUCCUUGUAAUGAACUUUAAACAAAGUCACGGUGAUGAACAGAUUAAGAGGUACUGGUUUAACCACAAAGAAGAUGUCGAUGCAAUCAAGCAAUAUGAGGACCUGGAGUGGGAAAAUUAUAUUUCAAAAGCUUAUCGCGAGAGAAAGAAAAAUAUGGAUAAAUCUGAAGAACAAUUAUGCAAUAUUGCCAUUGAUAUCGUGAUAUCUCCUAAUUGGGAACUGGCUAACAAGUUGCAGGUGCAACUUGAGGAUGGAAAAUUAAUUGGUAAAUUUAAUAACGAUUAUACCCAAAAGUCUAUUUCUCUGAUUGUUAAUUCCCAAGAAAGUCUGCAAAGAGCUAAUCAAAAUUCUAAUGGAUCACCCAGUCCUAGAAAAAGAAAAAGAAUAGGCCAGCUUUAA